GUCUCUCUUAUUCCACGUCUAGAUUACGAUAACGGUAAAACUUAUAAAUCAAGGCACUCUUUUAUUAAGAAAUUAUACAAAAAGUACAUGCCAUUUUCGCGGGCACGGUGGCUUUUUAUUAUUGUAAUAUUUGGUGCUCUUUAUUUUGUGUUUAUUAGUAAAUAUAUAUUUUUUGAACAAUCAGAUUUUCAACCACCUAUCAAGGAGGUUAAUAAUGAGGACACUAAAUUAAUUCUAGAGGAUUUAGUUACAGAUCCAAUAUUGGAUUCUCCUAUACAAGUUCAUAAUGAUCAAACUUGGUCUGAACGUCAGAUGGAUGUAAAGAAAGCUUUCAAGCAUGCAUGGGACGGUUACGUUCGUGAUGCUUGGGGUUAUGAUGAGUAUCACCCACUUUCUCAUAGUGGAUCUAAUCUAUCUAAUGCUGGAAUAGGUUUUACUAUUGUAGAUUCUCUUGACACACUUUUAAUAAUGGACCUUAAAGAAGAGUAUGAACAUGCUCGUGAUUGGGUUGCUAAUUCUUUGGACUUUAAUGUAGAUGGUGAUGUAAAUGUUUUUGAAACAACCAUUCGAGUUCUUGGUGGCUUACUGAGUGCUUACCAUUUAUCUGGUAACGAUGGGCUUUAUCUUGCUAAAGCAAUCGAUUUGGGUGAUCGUUUGCUUGGUGCUUUCUCUUCGCCAACUGGAAUUCCUUAUGCGUCUGUGAAUUUAGCUAGACGAGAAGGGAUCAGGGCUCAUUUUAAUGGUGGUGCAAGUUCUACUUCUGAAGCGACUACAUUACAGUUAGAAUUUAAAUAUUUAAGCCUUCUUAGUGAUAAUUAUGAGUAUUGGGAUAAAUCUCAAAACAUUAUGCUUAUUGUAGAUGAGCUUAAAAAAUACGAUGGUUUAGUGCCUAUAUUUUUAAGUCCAAAUGAUGGUCAAUUCUGGGGAGGAAAAAUAACAUUGGGCGCUCGUGGUGAUAGUUAUUAUGAAUACCUCUUGAAGCAGUUUAUUCAAACCUCUUACACUGAAUAUUUUUAUCGUCGUAUGUACGAUGAAGCUAUCAAAGGGGUAAAAACUCAUCUUAUAGAUCGUUCUUACCCUUCUGGGCUUUUAUACAUUGGUGAAUUGGCCGGUUUUGGUGAUGAUGUAAUCAGCCCAAAAAUGGAUCACCUUGUAUGCUUUUUGGGUGGAAAUUUGGCUCUUGGUGCGACACGAGGUCGAAAAGUACAAGAUGUUCAAAAAAAUAUGUCCGAUAAUGAUUUAGAGGAUCUUAAUAUAGGAAAAGAAUUGACAAAGACAUGCGUCGAAAUGUACUUUAGUACAACUACUGGACUUGCCCCAGAAAUAGCUUAUUUUUCUACAUCUGAUGAUGCAACCACCGAUAUAAUUAUAAAGUCGCUCGAUGGUCAUAAUUUAUUGCGUCCUGAGACUGUUGAAAGCUUAUUCAUACUUUGGAGGCUAACUGGUGAUAUUCAAUAUAGGCAUUGGGGUUGGGAAAUAUUCCAAGCUUUUGAAAAAUAUACUAAAGUAGAAGAAGGUGGAUAUACAUCAUUAGAUGAUGUUACUGUCGUACCACCUAAGCAGCGUGAUAAGAUGGAAACUUUUUGGCUGGCUGAAACAUUGAAAUAUUUUUACCUUUUAUUUGGUCCCGACGAUCUAAUACCGUUGGAUAAAUAUGUGUUCAAUACUGAAGCACACCCACUUCCGAUAUUCUCACCAACGUCAGAGGAUGCACAGGCCAGAAUUAAGAAGAUGCCAAAUUAA